CCCUUCUGUACGCUCAGUGCUGAAAGGUACACACGUUUGCUCUCCUGUGGACGGUUGACCAAGUAAUGACCCAUAUAAGCAAGAGUCAGACAGUGAAGUAUAUUUAGUACACACACAGACUUGCGGAUCAAAAACACAAGACGCAAACAUGAUUAAAGUUUUGGCUGUUGUAAGUUUAACUGCAUUUCUCAGCUGCUAUGGCGUGCACAGCGCUGAACUAUCAUAUAAUGACUUAAGUGAACAAAUCGUCAACUCUGGGACUGUAGUCUUUUUAGACUUCCUGGAGAAAGUCAGAAAUGCUACAGAGAAAAUAGUGAAAGAUGAUCAGUUCAGAAAAACUAGGAUCACUGUCCAAAGACUCGUAAAAAACUUAAAUGAUUUUGCUAAACCAAUGAAAAAUGCUGAGAGUGGGAGUCAGGAUAAUUCAACUAUAUCACUACAGAGAUUUUUUUCGUUCAUGGCUGAUGCUCCAGUUGGGGCAACGAUCAGGGAGAUCUCUGACAAGUUUUUCUUUCCGUAUAUGAACAGUUACCGUCAGAGCUUUAAAAACGAGACGAUGGUGGAGAUCUGGAAAGAAAUGGAGUCAUACUAUCUUCCAGGAGCUCCUCCAAUCUACAGUAAACCCAUGGAGUUCUGCAGUUACCUUCUGGGCAAGGCGGUGGUGGGAUCCCAGCUGGUGAACAUGAUUGGAGCUGGGGUGGAGACUGUUUCAGACAUUGGAAUAAUAAACUUUAACCAACUUCAUGAGGAAGUGCAGGUGGUUAUGGAUCAGAUUAGACAGAAAGCCUUUGAAAUUUCAAUUUUGGAAAGGCAAAAAGAGAAGAAUGAUUUCCUUAUAUCAUUAAGAACUGCAUCUGGACUGAUUGUUUUUUACUGGGAUAAAGUUUUGGAACACACUGGAAGUCCGUUGUUCUAUGCGAUAUACUUGGAUUCUAUGAAGCAAUGGGCAGAGCUGAUUGAGUUGAGAAACACAAGUGAAAAGUAUCAUGUGCUUUUAGACCCGGAUACAAGGAAUUGUUUAUUGAAUUGGACUGAACGUCAUUUUGAUAAAUUUAUUGACGCCUUGGCCCUGGAAUAUUAUAGUCGUGGAAAUGAAGCUAUUGGUUUGGACAGAUUCAAUCAGUCUAACUGGGCUAUUGUCAAAAGCACUGUUGUUUGCUCUCUUCCUGUUUAUAAACAAAUGUCUGAAGUCAGCUUUGGGAUUACUGAGAUCAACAGGUUUCUUCACAGAGUUAAUCACAUAACCCUUAUUCUUGAAGGGAACGAUGCAUCACCCACUUUCAGACAGACCUUCUUGGAGGGCAUUAUUAGGGGAAUUUUGGAACUGCUUAGUCCAGUCAUUGAAGAGGAGAAAUCCAAAAGUGAAGAUAAUCAACUGUUACUGCCUUUGCGUGUAAUUAGGAAUGUGGUCCUCUAUAUGUGGAGCUUUUUUCUCUUCAUCAUUGAUGAAUUCGGAGAUUUUGAUCAUGCUGAACACCAGCAAUCACUGAAUGAACUGAACCGUGUGAGGAGCGACUUCAUUAAUGAGCUGUUGAAAAGUAAAGCAUUUACUCGAGAGCAGCUUGAAGAUGCACCAAAGAACUUCAUUCAAGCCAUUCAUCAGAUCCUGGAGAAACUGAAGCAAUAUACUGACCUGGUUGAUGGCUUUGAUGAAAAGAUUGAUCCAACUGCUUUAGCCUUCGAGAGGUCACUUCAUCGCACAAACAAAAUGUUUCAUGAAGUCUGGGAUCUCCUGUUGGAGUAAACUCUCUCUAUGAAGGAAAAGUCAGGAUUGCAUGGAGGCUUGUUUCCACCAUGAAAAAAAAAAUGUAAUUGUGACUUUUUAUCUGACUCUUUUUUUUAGCACUUGCGAGUUUAAACCUCACAAUUUUGACUUUUUUUCUCAGAAUUAGGAGAUAAAAACUUGCAAUUGUGAGUUAAAAUCCGAAUUGUGAGAUAUAAACUCGCAAUUCUAAGUAAAAAAGUCAGCUCACAAUUCUGACAUUUUCUGGCAAUUGCAUGUUUAUAUCUCGUAAUUCUGACUUUAUAUUGCAAUUGUGAGUUUAUAUCAUGCAAUUCUGAGAGAAAAGUAAGAAUUGUGAGAUAAAAAGUCGCAAUUAUUUUUAAAUUUUUAUUCUGUGGCGGCAACAAGCUUUUUUUCUGAUUGCAACUGCUGCCAAAGUAGGAUUAUACCAGCAAUGUAUUAAUAUUAACAUGCUGUUAUUGAGAUGAAACAAUACUACAAUAAUUACAUUAGUAAAUAUGGAGUAAAAUAAGUUUGUUACACUGUUAACUUAGUUUUUACAGUUUUAAUAAAACUGUCUAUUUA